AUGUUAGCUGAAGUGUAUAUUAAGAAGAUUGUUAGUUUACAUGGUAUUCCUUCCAGUAUUGUUUAUGAUAGAGAUUCAAGAUUCACAUCGAGGUUCUGGGAGAGUUUGCAAGAAGCCAUGGGUACUAAACUGAAGUUGAGUUUUGCUUAUCAUUCGCAGAUGGACGGUCAGACAGAGAGGACUGACUAUUCAGUCUUUGGAGGACUUGUUGAAAGCUUGUGUUUUGGAGCAUACUGUUGGUUGAGUUUGCAUACAAAAGUAGUUUCCAUUCUAUUGCGGAAGUAUAUCCCUGAUUCGUCUCAUGUGAUUCAAGUAGGUGAUGUACAAGUUAAAGAGAACUUGACCGUUGAGGCAUCUCCCUUAAGAGUUGAGGUUCACAAUGUGAAGCACUUGAGAGGCAUGGAGAUUGCGUUGGUGAAGGUAGUGUGGGAAGGAUCUGCUGGUGGAAGCAUAACGUGGGAGCUAGAGAGUCAGAUGAGAGAGUCGUAUCUGACUCUGUUUACUUUAGUUUUAGAGAGAAAAAGAGAUGAAGAUGAUCCAAGUCCAAAGACUUAA